AUGCCCCCGGGGCCCUGGCUUUGCUUGGCCUUGCUCCUUGCAGCCCGGGCCCAGAGCUCCUGGGGUCCCUGGCCCAGCAGGGCCCAGCCCCUGUGGCCCAGUGACCUCAGCAUUAGCAUCAGCAGUGCCCGUCACGCUCGGAGCUACCAUCACCUGGAAGGUGACGUCCGAUGGCGAAGGCUCUACUCAUCCACCCACUUCUUCUUGCACAUUGGGCCCAGUGGCAGGGUCGAAGGCACACGGCAGCCCCACUGCCCCAACAGCAUUGUGGAGAUCCGUUCCGUCAGAGUGGGUGUUGUGGCCAUAAAAGCAGUCUACACAGGCUUCUACUUGGCCAUGAAUCGGAGGGGGAAACUUUAUGGGACGAAGGAAUACAGCCCCAACUGCAAGUUCAUGGAACGGAUUGAGGAGAAUGGCUAUAACACCUAUGCUUCCCUUCGCUGGAGACAUGAAGGCCGACAGAUGUUUCUGGCCCUGGAUGGACGGGGUGCCCCUCGCCAAGGUGGCCGGACCCGCCGGCAGCACCUCUCCACUCACUUCCUGCCCAUCUUGGUCUCCUGA